UGCAAUAGAGUGCAUUGACCAACCUGCUGCUGGUGCCAAUUCUAGAAAAGAGCGAGUCAGUUGGAUAGAUGUUGCUUCCGUGUUUGUACUAUCGAGUGUAAAGUGAAUAGAAGAGUACCGCGAUGCAAUCAAAGUUGUUUUGCCACUCAUCUAACUAAAAUGGCGUCCCUGUUUAUCAUUUAGUUAACAUUCUUUAUGUGUUCGUUUCUUAGUGAUCGCAUCCGAGUGAGUCAUUAACCAACAUAGCAAUGACAUUUUUAUAGCACAAAGUGAGAAUACGUUUCUGAAACGUUUGUAGAAGACUGGCAAGUGUGAUUUAUACAACACAAUAAUGCGCGAAUUCAAAGUCGUCGUGCUAGGCUCGGGUGGGGUCGGGAAGAGUGCUUUGACCGUACAGUUUGUGUCUGGAUGUUUCAUGGAAAAAUACGACCCCACCAUAGAAGAUUUCUAUAGGAAAGAAAUCGAAGUAGAUAACUCUCCAUGUGUUUUAGAAAUAUUGGAUACCGCCGGCACAGAACAAUUCGCGUCUAUGCGAGAUUUGUACAUAAAGAAUGGCCAAGGAUUUGUAGUUGUAUAUUCAUUAACAAAUCAUCAGACUUUCCAAGAUAUCAAGCCAAUGAAGGAAUUGAUAACGCGCGUCAAGGGAUCGGAACGUGUGCCCAUACUGCUAGUGGGCAACAAGGCCGAUUUGGAACACCAACGCGAAGUAUCGCAGGCAGAGGGCUCGGCCCUCGCGCAAAUGUGGGGCUGCCCAUUCGUGGAAGCAUCGGCGAAAAGCCGUACCAACGUCAACGAAAUGUUCGCCGAAAUAGUGCGUGAAAUGAACGUUAGUCCUGAAAAGGAAAAGAAAACUUAUUGUUGUUGUACAGUGCUUUAAUAUUUAGUGUGUAAUGUGGCAUUUAUUUCUCGUAAGACUGCAAGGGCGAGGAGGGAGUGAGCCCACCUCGGCUGACGGCCGCAAAUCUCCAGCGGGGCCUGGGCGGCGGCGCGCCGGCCCUGAUCGCUGGACUCUCGGCGGUCGCGAUGCGCGUCAUAUCACGUUGUUAAUAUCUUUGAUACAUACCAUUGUCCAAUCGAGGUGCUUUAUCUUAUAUUUUCAUACUUUAGUACUGGUAGAUACUCCCGCGGUAACCAUUAUCAUACAAAAUAAACAAAAUGUUAAUUUCUAUGUUCUGAUUGGAACAUUGUAUUUUAGCUUCAUUAAAAGAUCAUGGUUAAUUUUAUAUUGGUCUUCAAAAUCAAAGGUGGAAUCGAAAGCUGUAUUGAAUUUCUAAGCAGCUGUAACAAUUGUAAUGUAAAGUAAUAUUAGUCAACUUUGUAUAUAAUUUCAUGAGAUUAAUGAUGUGGAAGGACAAGGACGGUUUUAGAGAAUAAAAAAGCCAUCCAAAUAUGCAAUAAUCUUAUAUGAUUGUGUAGAGUGAAGUGCGCUGAGUAAGAUUUUACACUAAGUCAUAUUGCAGAUUGUGUAUUGUGUAAAUUAUGUUUAUAUGAGAAAUCAGUAAUCAAGAAAAUGCAGACAAUGAUUUGUCAGUUGCGUGAUUGUGUUUUAAAGUCUACCAGGAUUUGUGAUAAUACAUAUAACAAAGUAUCUAUAAUAAAAGUUUUAAGUGGGAGAUUGA